ACAGCAAUCUAAGACUAAUUCAUGGCAUCCAGAAUCUACAGAUUGUACCCUCAAACCAAAAGUUCACAAUUCCUGACAUUAUUCAUCAACUUUUCCUUCUCUUUCUCUCUUCCCAAACGGGACCAGCUAACUUUCCAUGUGAACUGCCAUUAGAGCUUCUUCUACGAUUCUUUGGUAUCAACUAUCAACCUUCUUCCAUAAUUCUAUUCUUUUCUCCAUUGUUAAACUCUGCCCAUUUUCUUCCUCUUCUUGUUAAACCCAAAGGAUUUACCUUUCUUUCUUUCUAGUCUUUGAACACUCCAGAGGACCACAACCACCUCUUUGUUACUCUGAAUUUCAAGAAUAGCACCCUCCAAUUUCCGUUAACAGUCCAAGAAUCUAACUCCCAAGUUCCUAAUCCAUAUAUAUUUAUUUUCUUUUGUAGUAGUCCAAAAUGUCAGUCGCCGGUGGAGUAGAAUACGUGGUCGUUUUAGGCUGCAUGCGAUGGGCCUGGAAGCGCUGCACCCACGGGGGAUCCGACGAUAGUGCUUCCUGGGCUUUGGCCACUAAGGACGAAUUCGAACCAGUUCCUCGCAUCUGCAAUCUAAUCCUCUCUGUCUACAAGACCGACACCGAACAUCCCCAGCUCUCAUCAUCUCUCGACCCCAAGUGUCUAAUCAAGCGAGUCACCUACGAGCAGACCCUCGGCCGUACUCCUCCUUAUAUCAUCUAUCUCGACCAUGAACACAAAGAAAUCGUGCUUGCAAUUCGUGGGUUAAAUUUGAUCAAGGAAAGUGACUACAAAAUGCUGUUGGACAACCGAUUGGGGAUGCAAAAGUUUGAUGAUGGAUACGUGCAUCAUGGGUUGUUGAAGUCUGCUCUAUGGUUAUUGAAUGAGGAGAGAGACACAUUGAAGGAUCUCUGGGUGAACAAUGGGAGGGAAUACACUAUGGUGUUUGCAGGACAUUCUUUGGGGUCAGGAGUGGCUUCCUUGUUGACGAUUAUUGCUGUGAAUCAUAGUGAUCAAUUAGGAGGAAUUCCCCGCAAUAAAAUCAGGUGUUAUGCUGUGGCCCCAGCUCGGUGUAUGUCACUUAACUUGGCGGUUAAGUAUGCGGAUGUGAUUAACUCUAUUGUGCUGCAGGAUGAUUUCUUACCAAGAACGCCUACUCCAUUGGAGGAUAUUUUUGAAUCAAUCUUCUGCUUGCCCUACUUGCUAUUUAUGGUUUGCUUGAGGGAUACCUUCAUACCAGAAGGAAGAAAGCUUAGAGAUCCAAGAAGACUUUAUGCACCAGGACGAAUGUAUCAUAUUGUAGAGAGAAAGUUUUGCAGAUGUGGGAGGUUUCCUCCAGAGGUCAGAAGUGCCAUUCCCGUAGAAGGAAGAUUUGAACACAUUGUCUUAUCAUGUAAUGCCACAUCUGAUCAUGCAAUUAUUUGGAUAACAAGGGAGUCAGAGAAGGCCCUGCAGACGAUGAUGGAAAACAGUUCUGAGACCAUAACAACUCCUCCAAAAGUACAGAAACUGGAAAGUUUACAGACACUUGAAAAAGAACACCAAGAUGCAAUGGAAAGAGCAGUUAGUUUGAAUAUUCGGCAUACUGAUACUGAGAGCAUCACGGAGGCAGAACCUCAAGAGGACAAAGAGGCAGAAUCUUCCCAUGGUAAGCAUGAAGGUGAACAAGCUUCAGAAACUAAAACACAGUCCAGCAGCUAUGCAAGGAAAAAGUGGGAUGAAUUGCUUAAUGAAGUGUUAGAGAAGGAUGAGUUGCAUCAAAUGGCUGCAAAGAAAGAUGCAAAUGCCCCCAGAUAACAACUAUUACUUAUUGUCAAGUGUGCAUACAUUGAAAGAUAGGUCUUUUGUUCCUUUGUUCAUUUUUGUACCCACAUUUCCGUAUGUCCUAGUUUGUAUACCUUGAGAACUAGCCAAAACACUCGUGAGGAAGUGAUAGAGACACAAAAAAGUACACGGGUAAUAUUUAA